GUGCAACCGUUCACAUCGCCCAGGCCAGACCUACCAUCUUUUCAACUGAACUUCUAUGAUGAGCGUGAUCGUUGUCUACAAAGUAGGAUUCUCUUUGAAGAUCCAGAAUUUCCGGCGUGCGAUGCGAGUCUCUUCUACAGUAAACCAAGCUCGCGUCACAUUCAGUGGCUGAGACCCGGAGAGAUUGUUAAUGAACCACAAUUGAUAGUGGAAGGUCAUUCGAGGUUCGACGUAAAACAAGGUGCUCUCGGCGAUUGUUGGUUGUUAGCCGCAGUUGCCAAUCUAACACUUCGCGAUGAACUCUUUUAUCGUGUUGUGCCUCCCGAUCAGAGUUUCACAGAAAACUAUGCGGAGAUCGCUAAGGAGCAGGAUUCGUUUAAAAUGCUGAAUAUUUUUGCAGGUAUAUUCCACUUCCAAUUCUGGCAUUACGGUGCCUGGGUGGAUGUUGUGGUUGAUGAUCGUUUACCGACCAAAAAUGGUGAACUAAUUUAUAUGCAUUCGGAGGAAAACAAUGAAUUUUGGAGUGCACUUCUUGAGAAGGCGUAUGCGAAGUACGAUUGUGAGGAGUUGAUUUGCCAACUAAUUUUCAGACUGUACGGUUCAUACGAAGCAUUAGAAGGUGGAUUAACGUCUGAGGCGUUGGAAGAUUUUACGGGUGGAUUAAUUGAGCAGUAUGAUCUUCAUAAAUAC